GUAGAUGACGGGCUGAGAGGGAAAAGCGGAAGAGGGAGUCUGGAAAUCACAAACAUGAACAAGCUGAAAUCCUCGCAGAAGGAUAAAGUUCGCCAGUUCAUGAUUUUCACACAGUCAAAUGAGAAAACGGCGCUGAAUUGUUUGGCUCAGAAUGACUGGAAACUAGAAGUGGCCACAGACAACUUUUUCCAGAAUCCUGAACUUUACGUACAGAAUCUGAAGGCGUCGUUCGACAGGAAAAAACUAGAACAGCUCUACAAUCGGUACAGAGAUCCUCACGAUGACAAUAAGAUCGGCAUAGAUGGCAUCCAGCAGUUCUGUGAUGACCUCAGCCUUGAUCCAGCCAGUAUAAGUGUUCUCCUAAUAGCCUGGAAGUUUCGUGCAGCAACACAGUGCGAGUUCUCCAAGAAAGAGUUCAUGGACGGCAUGAGCGACCAAGGAUGUGACAGCAUAGAGAAGCUCAAAGCCCAGUUACCAAAAAUGGAGCAGGAGUUGAAAGAUCAAGGCAGAUUUAAGGACUUCUAUCAGUUUACGUUCAAUUUUGCGAAAAAUCCUGGACAGAAAGGAUUAGAUUUAGAAAUGGCCAUCGCUUACUGGAAUUUAGUAUUGGCCGGGCGUUUCAAAUUCUUAGACCUAUGGAACAGAUUUUUAGUGGAGCAUCAUAAGAGAUCCAUUCCCAAAGACACCUGGAACCUUUUGUUAGACUUUAGCACCAUGAUCACUGACGAUAUGUCCAAUUAUGACGAGGAAGGAGCAUGGCCGGUACUCAUCGACGAUUUUGUGGAGUUCGCCCGGCCGCACAUCGGGACCAAAAGCACGGCCGUCUAAAGGGGUCGUCCAGACCUCACGCGCACCUCCAGCUGGUGGAGGACUGAACUGAGAUCUACAAUGCCUUUUCCAACCCUCAGGACAGAGACGUUUGUACAGCAAAGACAUUUAAAAGACGCGUCUCCUCUUUUUGUCAUCUAGUGGUGGUUUGGGCUUUUUUUUUUUUUUUUAACCUUCAGUUUGGAUGUGUGCCUCACAUGUGUCGUCCGAAUCUGGUUCAAGCUCUGAGACCUCAUCACGCUUUCACUCCAGCACCCGGUCAGGAACUCAGAAACACAAGAUGCCCAGACAUGCCAUCGUGGUCCAUAACCGGGGCUUGAAGAACCUAAUCAUGUCAAACUUUAUCAUUUAUUAAAUGUUCGUUUUAAUACUC